AUGAAAAAGGAAAAACAUGAUGGCAUUGUUUAUGAACCUAAAGAAGUUGUGAAUUUAUCUCUUAAAGUAACAAAUUGUUGCAAAUCACUGUGGGCAAAAUAUAAUUUGCAGAAGGCAUACAUGACUCAACUUGUCAGCUCCCAGCCGGUCUCAGCCAUGUCGAGGAACCCAGAUCACAGUCCUCUUUCUCAGCCCAAGGAGGAUAGCACUGGCCAGAACCAUCACCAGCAGGAAGUAAUCCAGAAGCUGACCAUGCAGCUGAGACACAUUGGGGACAGCAUCCAUCACAGGAUGGUUCAAGAGGACCCUCCACAGGAAGGCAGAGGCGCACUGCCUCCCUUUCUCUUGUUUGUCUUUAGAAGUGUUGAAGUGCUGCUGCGCUUUUUCUGGAACAACCAUGUGCUGUAA